CAUUUAGCAAUAAACUGUUCAUUUUGAGGCUUUUAAGCGCUGUGCAGCGAAAAGAGGAGACAAUAAGUGAAGUGUGAGUGGCGGCAGAUCUGUAGACUCGUAUUGUAUGAAUGAUCAGACAUCAUUUUACCAAGACUUCACCAUGAACAAAAACAAAAAGGAAAAGGAAUUCUACAGUGUAGACGUGGGAGAUUCAACAUUUACAGUUCUCAAGCGCUAUCAGAAUCUGAGACCGAUUGGAUCGGGAGCACAGGGAAUAGUCUGUUCUGCAUAUGACCAGCACCUUGACAGACAUGUGGCUAUUAAGAAACUUAGCCGGCCUUUUCAGAAUCAGACACAUGCCAAACGGGCAUACAGAGAGCUGGUGCUUAUGAAAUGUGUUAAUCAUAAAAAUAUUAUUGGCUUGCUAAAUGUUUUUACACCCCAAAAGUCCUUAGAAGACUUCCAAGAUGUUUACCUUGUAAUGGAGCUGAUGGAUGCCAACCUUUGCCAAGUCAUUCAAAUGGAGCUGGACCACGAGCGGCUGUCCUAUCUGCUGUACCAGAUGCUGUGUGGAAUUAAACACCUCCAUGCGGCGGGGAUCAUCCACAGGGACCUCAAACCCAGUAACAUUGUGGUAAAGUCAGACUGCACCCUAAAGAUCCUGGACUUUGGUUUGGCCAGGACAGCAGCCACAGGAUUGCUGAUGACACCAUAUGUGGUGACCCGCUACUACAGAGCCCCUGAAGUCAUCCUGGGAAUGGGAUAUCAAGCCAAUGUGGACAUUUGGUCUGUGGGCUGUAUUUUGGCAGAAAUGGUUCGCCACAAAAUCCUUUUUCCAGGAAGAGACUAUAUUGAUCAGUGGAACAAGGUCAUUGAGCAGCUGGGGACCCCCUCUCAAGAGUUCCUAAUGAAACUGAACCAGUCUGUGAGAACAUACGUGGAGAAUCGGCCUCGCUAUGCCGGAUACAGUUUUGAGAAGCUCUUCCCUGAUGUUCUCUUUCCAGCUGACUCAGAACACAACAAACUUAAAGCGAGCCAGGCACGAGACCUGCUUUCCAGAAUGUUAGUAAUAGAUGCUUCCAAACGCAUUUUAGUAGAAGAAGCCCUGCAGCACCCCUACAUUAAUGUGUGGUAUGAUCCAGCUGAGGUAGAGGCGCCCCCUCCAGUGAUUGUUGAUAAGCAGCUGGAUGAGAGGGAACACACUGUAGAGCAGUGGAGAGGACUGAUUUAUAAAGAAGUUCUGGACUUGGAGGACCGAAUGAAGAACGGUGUAAUCCGUGGCCAACCCACUCCUUUAGGUGCAGCAGUAGUGAAUGGCUCACCUCAGGCCUCCUCUUCCUCCUCCAUCAAUGACGUUUCCUCCAUGUCUACUGAACCCACCAUGACAUCAGAUACAGACAGCAGCCUGGAGGCCACAGCCAGCGCUCUCAGCUGUUGUAGAUGACUAUCACCUUCCCCUGAAGCCUCACUCUGCGUCGCAUGGUAUCAGAUUUAGGCCUGUCUAUUUGGCUUUACUCUUCUGCUUUUCCUAA